AUGUCAAUGAAAAAGGUUUUACCUAUUAUACUUACUUUGUUGAAGGCUCCUGUGUCGACUUCUUUAUUGGAGGCUCCUGCAUCAGCCUCAUUAGUUCCUGGCCAGUCUUCUUCAUCGGCUCCUGCAUCAGCCUCAUUAGUUCCUGGCCAGUCUUCGUCAUCGGCUCCUGCAUCAGCCUCAUCAGUUCCUUGCCAGUCUUCUUCAUCGGCUCCUGCAUCAGCCUCGUCAGUUCCUGCCUUGGCUUCUUCUUCGGCUCCUGCAUCAGCCUCGUCAGUUCCUGCCUUGGCUUCUUCUUCGGCUCCUGCAUCAGCCUCGUCAGUUCCUGCCUUGGCUUCUUCUUCGGCUCCUGCAUCAGCCUCGUCAGUUCCUGCCUCGGCUUCUUCAUCGGCUCCUGCAUCAGCCUCGUCAGUUCCUGCCUCGGCUUCUUCAUCGGCUCCUGCAUCAGCUUCUGUGUCAGCUUCUGACGUUCAACCUAGAAGGUCAUCUGGUGGGUCAACACACAGUGACCCAGCACAUUCUGAGGUGUUAUUUGAGGGUUGGCACAAGAUGUGGGAGUCUGGUCUUCAUGGGCUGCCCAGUGCAGACAUACUGUGGCUUAAGGAGGAUGCUGAAAGGGGACUCUUUCAGAGGGCCAUGUCUUAUAAAGACAAACAUGGAAACAGAAAGUGGAGGAAAGUCCUGAAGGAUGACCGGAUGUGGUUUCACCCUCCAGAAUUUCCUGGAGUGGUGGAAGGAAAAGUCCCCUCAGCAGACUCCUUUUUUCACAGCUCCGUUUUUUUCUGGAGACCAGUCGGUGUGUGGCGUUACAGUCUUCGGUGCCCAAGGUCUGACUGCCCAGCACGCACCAAUCAGAAGGCUUUUCUCUACCGUUGUGGGUAUUCAUCCACGGUAAGACAGAUCUGCCACAUGUCUGGCUGGUACUCCAUGCUGACUGAGGUCCUGGCAUGCAAUGCCUGUAGAAAGGCUGCAAAGGAGUCGGAAGAGCAUACUAUUGGUCGUUUCCUGUCAUGGGAUCAGUGCAUCCUUAAUCAGCUCAGUCCAGCUCACAGAGCGGUGUUUCCUGCUGUCUUGACGCUACGGCGUGGCGUGGACAAGCAGGUGAUCCGCCUGAUGAGGGAUCGCACUGAGGGAAAUACCAUGGUGAAAGUUUGGAGACAGGUGCAGGAGAGCCACUGCGAGGACUAUCUGCAGAGAAAGGACUUGUACACCACUCUUCUCAGCCAGUACAACAAACCUGGGAAGAUCACUCGGAGUUUGUGCCAGCAGUUCCAGCGACCACCAGCACGGAGAGAGCCGCCAUCUGCCAGACUGAUGAGAAAGGCGUUCCUUAUCUCAGAGGCAGAUAACAUCGAGGACUACCGUACUCAGAUUAUGUCCACAUUUGGGCAAGUCCUGAAGUACGACUCCACCAAGAAGAUCUGCAAGAAACUCUCCGGCGAUGGAAAAGGCACUGCAGAGUGGUGUACCAAUGUGGCCAACGAGCAGGGGCAGAUCCUCAUAUCUGUUCUCACCUGUGAGGAGUCAUUGGAGAAGAUGAGGCCGAUGGCUGAAGGCCUCAUGGAGAGGUACAGGAGAGCUGACAAGGCACCGCCCGAGCUCAUGUAUGUGGAUCGUGGCUGCUGUCGCGUCCACGCCGUGUCCUCGGUUGAGCAGCUCUUCAGUGACUGGACGGACAGGGGCAUGCUGGUACGGCUGGACAUCUUUCAUUGGAUCCAUCGAUUCGAUGCAGCCCUACGGACAGAUCAUCAUCCAAAGUAUGCCCUGUUCAAGUCUGCCCUCUCUGCUGCCGUCUUUGCCUACAACAAAGACGACAUGGCUCUUCUGGUACAGGCGAUACGUGCCGGUCACCCAACCAACUAUGCCUCCCUGACUGACAGCCAGAUCAUCGAGCUGCGUGUCAGUAAAUAUGACCUCAGCCAUUACGUCAGGAGGAUCACAGUUGGUGCACAGGAAACAUGUGCGCGCGUGCAGUGCGCCAUUGAUCUCCUGAAGGGAGCCGCAGGGAUGGAUGAGAACCAGGUGCAUCUGUUUAAGGACUCUGCAGCCAUCGACCACGUCUGGGAGAACCAGCAGAAGCACCUUGAAUGCAUCCAGGAUCCACCAGGGAGGAACAUGUACACCAUCACCAAGUAUGUGACCCGUAACGGUGUUCGUCUUGCGCGGUACAGUACGGUGAGAGGAAGCAACAGUCUGGAGGGCUUUCAUUCCUUUCUGCCUGACAUGAUCCCGGGACCCCACUGUGCUGCCGUCCCGUUUCAAGUCUAUCUGCUGGCUGGCAUCGCACGCUGGAACUCUAACAGGGAGUCAGCCAGCGUCCAAGGGCGGAAAGGGAGGAAACAUAUGGUGUACAUGUCUCCUCUGGUCCAUCGCCUAAACCAAAGGUGCCAGGAGCUAUUUGGGGAGGUGGAGGAGGCAAACUACAGGCCUCCGGUUCCUGCUGGUGAUGAGCGCAUUGGUCUGGAGUACCUGUUUUCCCAGUCCUCAGAGCCCUUCAGUGCUCCUGAUCAUUACGCUCAGACUAGAGAGACACUUCAGGCAGAUGAGGAUGAGGACGAAGAUGUUCCUGCUGGGGUGGCAGAGGAAGAGGAAGAGCUGCAGGAGGAAGAUGAUGAUGUGGGCUACUCCUCAGACCGCGAGAGGGACAGCCUGACUCCUCUGAGGAACCGUCUGUGCCUCACCGAUCAGGCAGUGGCUGCUGAAUUUGACCCCUGUGUGGAGGACGUGUGCGGUCCCAAUCAUCUGCCUGGGUACCAGCACGUAGAGGAUCUGUGUAAAGUCCUUGUUGAGAUCGCCCUGGAGGAAGGAAAACUUGCCUUAAAUGAGUCGACCAGGCAAAAGGUCAUCAGCGCCUGGAACAAGCUUGACCUCCAUGACCGCAGCAUCCAACAAUUCGACAGCCUCUACUCUGCACGCUGGGGCAAUGCUCUGUUUGGCCGCACCAGUGGAGAUCCGACUGAGGCAUCCCUGGUGCAGAAGCUCAAGUUCAGCAAGCGGUACUCAGCCGCACACUUGGUGGACUCCAGAAAGAACCGGCUGAUGUACUGCCUGGUCAAACAGCUGUGGCUUCAUCCUGGUGUUGGAGGAAAAGCUAAAGGGUCACCGCUGAAACAGCAGAUCACUAAACUGUACCAGCGUGUGCAGCAGAGAGUGACGGUGGACGAUGAUCAGCUCAGCAAACUCGGGAUUCCCAUCCUGAAAAUAAAUUCAAAGUGCGUGAGCGAGUUCAUCAGGAGGCAGGAGGCGCUGUCAGCCACAAACGUCACCGACCAGGGUCUGUCUGUCCUCCGUCGUCACCAGAGCGUCUCCAGCACCAGCCAGCCCCCCGCUGAGGAGCUUCCAGAGGAAAGACCCCAUACCAGCCGGCCUGCAGUGCAGUAUCCGAUCACCACUUCUCUGGCCGGCACCCGAAAGUUGAAGCAAAGGCUCCCGCAAAUCUUACCUGUCCCUCCCUCUGCUCUUGCUCAACCAGUUCCUGCGCCGGCCCAUUCGAUGCCCGCAGGACUCCGGCACACACACACUCCGCUGACUGCACCUCCCGCUGUUUCCUUGCCGCAGGCAUCCACUCCGCUACUGUUACCCUCAAGAUCAACAGUCUACAAGAGGAAAAAGGCAGACCUCAGUGGCUCUGGACAUCCAACCUCAGUGAAGGUUUACAUCUGUGCUCUGUGUGGCCAACCAACUCAAGGCCACAAGAAAUACAGAAAGAAGAGCUACUGUGAGAGCUCCAAAGCCUCCACGUCCACAAACCUUGCUGGGCAGACGUUUGACUGUUUUGAAGACUUUAAAAGGGCUGUGGACGUUCUCUUGGGCUCUCAGUCUCAGGCCUCCGAGUCUGUCUAACUGGACCUCUAUCCAUUUUGCGGUUCAUAGUUCUUGACUUGUAACAGUGUUAUUGUUGCAAAAAUGGACAUGUUAUAAUAACAGUUGGUUGUUUAAUCUGUUGAUUGUUGUAACACUGGUAUUGAUGCAAAAAUGUAUGUUAUAAUAACAGUUGAUUUUUUAAAAGUUUACAGGUUUUUACGGUUUGCACUAAUUUGUUGACUGUUUUUUACACUUAUUGUUGCACAAAUGUUCGCAAUAUUAACAGUUGACUGUUUCAGAGUACACAUAGUUUUAUACUAAUUUGUAGAUUGUA